AUGACGCAGCAUAAUGCUACAGGAAUUUCAAUAACACAUCUCUUCUACACCUCCCUAGAGGUCCUCCGUGAAUUGGACCCGAACCUCCUAGGGUGCCUCAACGAAGCCAACACGUUCGAGCCGGGAUGGGAAGCAUCCUUCUUCGGCGUCAAGUACAACCGCCUUCGCUCGCUGAAGGCCCGCUACCAUCCCAACGACUUGCUUUGGUGCCCUACCUGUGUUGAUAACGAGAAGUAG